GGAAGUGACGACACAGGGGCGAGUGGCGCCGCCGCCGGGCCUUCCCGAGAAGGCGCGCGCAGCAUGGCGGAAGCGGAAGGGAGUUCUACGCUCCUGUUGCAGCCGCCGCCGCCCCCUCCUCGGAUGGCGGAAGUAGAAACGCCGACGGCGGCCGAGACGGACAUGAAGCAGUACCACGGGUCCGGUGGUGUCGCCAUGGACGUGGAGCGGAGCCGCUUCCCCUACUGCGUGGUAUGGACGCCCAUUCCGGUGCUCACGUGGUUUUUCCCCAUCAUCGGCCACAUGGGCAUCUGCACGUCUACAGGGGUCAUUCGGGACUUCGCUGGCCCCUAUUUUGUUUCGGAAGACAACAUGGCCUUUGGAAAGCCUGCCAAGUUCUGGAAAUUGGACCCCGCACAGGUCUAUGCUAGUGGGCCCAACGCGUGGGACACGGCUGUGCACGAUGCCUCUGAAGAGUACAAGCACCGCAUGCACAAUCUCUGCUGUGACAACUGCCACUCACACGUGGCCCUGGCCCUGAACCUGAUGCGCUACAACAAUAGCACCAGCUGGAACAUGGUGACGCUCUGCUUCUUCUGCCUGAUUUAUGGGAAGUACGUCAGUGUCGGAGCCUUCGUGAAGACCUGGCUGCCCUUUGUCCUUCUCCUGGGCAUCAUCCUGACCGUCAGUCUCAUCUUCAAUGUGCGGUGAUGGCUUUCGAUGACCUAAGCUCACCAGGCCCCAAGGAGGCCCCUGCCACCCACCCCUGUGCUCCCAAUUCUUUUAUCCCCGCCCUCAGGCAAAGUCGCCUCCUGGGUUGGAAGUAGGGUCAGGACUUGGGGUGGGAAUGCUGAGGGAGUGUGAGAUGAGGUCACUGUGAGCCUCCUUGUCCUCUCUCCCUGGGCUUGUGGCCUCACUCUUGUGGCAUCCCCAUUGCCAUCCUGGGAAGGCCUGCCUUCCUUUCGAGCCCCUCCUGCCACUGCCACUGGACUGCUUCUGCCAUGCCCAGGUACAGUGAGGACUAGGACCCAUGAGGCAAAGCAGUGUUCAGAACUGGAGUUGAAGCUGCUUUCUGGCUUGUCAUGUCCCAAAGUG